UGCGCGUUCGCUCGCACCGCCCUCCUGGGAAUGACGGGCUUCUCAGACUGCCGUGAAGAUGGCGCUGCUGAGACCCUUGGAUAAGCUGCCGACCUUGGACGUGGCCACCAUCCUGCUGGUGGGUGCUGAGGAGAAGCUUCUGGAGCGGCUGGGAGAGGCCAUCCUCAGGGAAGGCGAGGGCACUGCCAAGGUGCAGGUCCACGUGGCCCCAGGCCUGCCUCUGCCCGCCGACAGGGAGUGCUUCCGGCCCCGCGUCGACCUCGUGGUCUUCGUCCUCAGCCUCCACAGCAAGCACAGCCUGAGGACCGUGGAGGCGUCGCUGCCUCAGCUGGACGCCGGCUUCUUCCUGGGGAAGGUGUGCUUCCUGGCCAACGGAGACCCCUCACCGGGGCUCCGUGCUCCAUUCCGUGCCCGCACACCGCUUCGUCCGGCUGUUCCCCGGUGCUCCGGUCUAUCCUCUAGGCCCCGGCUGGGUGGGGGGAGUCAGGCCAAAGCCCCCCCUAACCAACGUCCUGUCUGCCCUCUAAGCUGGAAAAGAGCAGAAUGCCAGCAUCCACAUGGACGCCGUUGCGAAAAUGGCCACGGCCUUCUGCAGCCCUCUUCUCUUUGGUGAGCUGGAGGUGGAGAGCUCCUGCGCCUCGGUGGCCCGGCGCCUUCUCCACAUUCUGAAGAUCUGUGCUGGCCACGUGCCCGGCCUGUCCGCCCUG